AUGAGCUUUUCCAGUCCUCCUCGCAAACGCGUCAAGCUCGAGUCGCCCUCGCCACCACCAGAAGCACAAGACGAGGAGGAAGAUAACUGCAGUAUAUGCCUGCAGUCCCUCGUUGACGGGACCACUGGUGAGGUGACUUUUCGCAUACCGUGGGUGCGUGUGCUGAUGAUUGGUGAUUUAGAGCAAUCAAGGAAGUGCCCGUUAUGUGCUCAGACGAUUGGGGAGUACCUCAUCUAUCGGAUUCGCGGUAUGAUUAUCAAAAGCAUUACUUGGCGCCUCUCGAAGCCGGGAUCAUUGCCGUUACGUGCUGUGCCUGUCCGGGAACCUGAAGUACGAAGACGAAGGCGUAGGAGGGAGUGGGAGAGGCGAGACCAGGACGAGGCGGAUAAGCUGGAGAGGUCGAUAGAGAAGCGGCGGUGGGCGUACGAGCAUGGGCUGUACGCCAAGCAUGUAGCCUCGAACGGGUAUACCAAGUACCGGCCGUACCCCACUCCAGCGCAGUUCGCUGCGAGCCAGGAGAUGGUAAGCAAGACGACGAUGUUUUUGCGGCGCGAGUUACGGGUGUGGGAUGAUCUGGACGUCGAGUUCUUCACAACGUUCACGAUAUCUCUCAUGAAGUUGAUUGAUAUACGGUCGAAGUCGGCUGUGAAGCUACUGGCGGAAUUUUUGGACAUUGAUACGGGUGGGAGGGGUAUGGCGGAGCAUUUCGCACAUGAGGUUUAUUCAUACGUCAGGUCGCCGUUCAAGGAUUUGUUCGUAUAUGAUAGCGCCGUCCAGUACGAUAUGCCUUCCGAUACGAACACCCUCGCUAGAGCUCCAGGUCCAGAUCCAGUUCGCCGACUCCCUGCAACCACCUUGCACUGUCAUCACCUCGAGAUUCCAGAUGGCGCGAAGAUGACAUCUCGCCCAUCCGGUCGAUAUCCUGGUCACCUUUGGGUCGACAUUACCCUAGCGUGA